AAUUCACGUUAGUUUGUUACUAAAUACUUAAUACAGUUUUAGUUAACAGAGUGGAAAGUUUAAUAAUAAGUGGAAUCCAUUAUGUGAUCACUGGAUGCAAAUUUAAUCAUCUCACUAAUUACACACGUAAUGAGGCGUAUGCCAUGGGUUCCGUUAUCCCUCGACGUCUCGUCUUCAAUAACUCGUUUCAUCCAACAGUAGUUCUUCAGAUGUGUCAGUGUUUACUUCUUCGAUCAGAGUGGUUUAAUAAAAGUGUAAAAAAUGUUAAGCUACACCGGGCAGUGGUGUCUGGUGGUGUCCUUAAUGACACUAUCAUUAGUCAUGUCGAUGCCGACGAGCAGCAGUAGCACGACGCCGACGACGUCGACCACAUCCAGAACAAAUGUAUCUCCUAUCAGCGAAACGAUGAAACAAUUAGCCGAUCAAUUAAUGCAACUGAACGCCACAUCGCAUAUUACAUUUGAUACAAGGACACCUCCAAAGUUUCGGGAACAAACACGGCGUGAUCAUGCUGAAAUUAUUGAGUUUGGACACGCAGGUAUUGCGGAACCUGUUGAUGAUGAAGCGUUGUUAUUGGAUGAAGCGAAUAAAAAGAUGAACUUUUACAAAAUUGACAAACCCACAACUGACAGUGGACUUUCCACAUGGAUCUUACUAAGCGGUCAGUCUUCUACUAAUAAACCAACGAAAAAAACCGCAGUCCAAGCAAAGAAUGCAACUGCAAGCAAUGACGAUAAAGUCAUCAAGCCGAUAUUCAAAAGGAAGUCGACGACACCAAUACCGGCAGCUUUGUCCACAACGAAAAAACCGACCACAUUAGUGUCAACAACUUUGAAAGCAAAUAUUGCAACAACUGCUCUUACUACAGAGAAGCCUGAAAAGACUACGAAACUCACCAAAGUUAAAGCGUCCUUUGUCAAUAACACGAAAACGACGCAAUCUGUUAAGAAGGUUACCAAUACUGCUACAACCGCCAAACCAUCCAAAACCACACCUAAGUUGGAAGCAUCUACUUUGUCUGUUUCUACAAGCACAAAGAAAACUGAUUUUGUCAAAGUCCCCACUAAAUCCUCCGCAAGUACUGAACUGCAACCUGAAGCCAAAGAAGGUACCCUUGACUUGUCUACUACAACCACCGAUAAGAAAACCAAGCGUCCAACCACAGCAUCUCCGAAAAAGAAGAAGAAUAAAAACAGGCGUAAGAAACCAGUGGCUGAAGAUAAGAUGGAUUCUUCCAAUUCUACAAAAUUGUCUACGAAGAACAAGGAACGUCCAAUUGGGACACAGCUUUAUAACUAUCUCAGCCGAGAAGUGAUGCCUACCGUUGGAGUUGGUCUGGUUGGUUUGAUGGUAACAGCUGGUCUUGCAAGUUACUUCCUUUAUCCGUUCGGUGCGUUACGCAGAUCGUACGAAAUUGAUAGAAAGGAUAAAGAAGGUAAUUAUCAUUACACAGAUGAGUACUCUGGAGGCAUAGCCGAGGAGGAAGCAAUUGGUAAAGUAAUUGCUGGUAUGCCGGUGAAUAAUUAUUACAACACCAGAUCACACAAUUCAAGAAAUACAUACGGAUUGAAUGACUAUAAUAAUGGUAUGAAUGUGGGCUAUCAACCAAACAGUCGUUUCAGGAAUGUUGAUCAACGUUAUAUGGAGGGUUCUGUAGAAACGGUUGCUUUGAAUCCCUUGACAAAAUAUCAAGCUGAAGAAGUGAUUAUUGGCAGUCCAAAGAAGAACACUUACUCCAAUCAUAAAGAUACUUAUGAAACAUUUGAAAAACUGGAACCAAACAAAGAUUCUGUUUCAAUCAUGAAUGAUGACGAGUUUGUAGUUGGUAAUGUACCACAAGAAAUUGUUCAGGCAAGUACUGAAGCACCGACACCUGCGGUUGUUCCUGAACAUGGUCCUAGAACAAUUGAAGAACAAAAUGCAGAUCACGAGAAAGUUUUUGUAGUUGAGAGUGUUCCAGCGCAUGCAGAAGCAUUGUAUUCAAUGGAACACAUGCCCAGAAGAAGAAGGCGUCAAGUACCACGUCGUAUUGAUAAAACAGAAAAAGACGUUGAUAAUGAAAUUGAUACAAGCGAUAAGAAACCAAGUUUUGUGCCUACCCCAACAACAACUUCAACUUCCACGACAAUUAAUCCUACUUUACUUCCAAACAGCGACUCAACUAAAGAAACUCUUUAUGACACUACCACAACAGAUGAAUUCUUCACCACCACAAUCAAUCCAAUAGCUGAAAAAACUGAAACUAUCUUCGGGUUGAUAAAGGAUUUGAUUUACUUGAAACUACGUCUAGGAUUGCAGGUCCUGCAUGACAAGGCGCAAAGUUUAACAAGGUAUUUCAAAAAUGUACAGGAGAGAAUAGACGUCACAUACAGAAAUGUUAACCAAACGAUUAGAUACAGUUAAGUAAAUGUAAUUUUCAUUUCUCAGAGAUUACAGAGAAAAAAUCCAGUUUAUAUAAUAGCAUUUGGGCGAUACUUAAAUUGUGUGAGUAAUAUGUAGAUUUUAAAUCAAGUUUAAGUUAACACUGGGUAAAACAUGGUGAUUGGUUUGUUAAUUAUUGAAUAAUUGAUUGAACACUAUAACUUUUGUGAUGUUUGACAAUAAUUUAUCACUUAACUUAAACUUUGUUUAAAAUUUGGUAAAAAAUGUAUUAUCUUAAAUGUGACAAAAUGUUAUCUUGCACAAUUCAAAAUGCUGGUAUUUAAUACAUUUCUAUUAUUUAUAUAAAGAAUUUAAAUAUAUGAACUUUAAUUAUUUA